GACUAAGGCUGCACCGCCUUCUCCUACACCUAACCCCCGCCUGUCCUCUUAUAUAUUUUUUCAUGUAAUAUUCUUUGCGUCUGAUUAUGUUGAUCUUUUCAAUACUCAGAUGCCCCCUCGUAGAGAACCAGAUCAUCAGGAGGUCCCCCAGGCCACAGUAGUUGCACAGUUUCGCAACUAUCACCCAGAAAAAUUCUCCAGCCAGGGAGAUCCUCGUAUCGUGGAUGAAUGGGUCCAAGGCCUUGAAAUGAUUUUCGAGGUCAUGGACU